AUGUCUUAUAGUGUGAAUGUAGAACUAGAGGAACUCAAAUUGUACUUGAGUGCGAAGGAAAAAGAACAGCACAAAACCAGGAAUGUACUCCUCCCUCAGGCGAUUUUUUACAAGCAGCCUAGUGUUCUAAAUGGGAACGUAGAUAUGGAUGUAGUAAGUAUAAGGAAAGAUGUCAUGACGGUGACCCCAUGGCUAGCCCCAGUGGUGUGGGAGGAAACAUUUGACACAAGUCUGAUUGACUCCUUCUACAAAAUGCAGAACAUCACUGUGGCAACCACUGUGUUUGCUCUGGGGAAACAUGUUCAGUUCCUAAAAGACUUCCUGGAGUCAGCGGAGAAGCACUACAUGCAGGGUUACCAUGUGCAUUAUUACAUCUUUACGGACCAGCCCGAGGCAGUUCCUAUGGUAACACUGGGUGCCAAUCAUAGUUUGACUACACUGAAAAUUUCAAGCUCAAACCACUUGCAGGAGAUCACUCUACGCAGGAUGGAGAAACUCGAGAAACUCAUUGACACCCAAAUGAUCAAUGAAGUCGACUACAUCUUCAGCCUCGAUGUGGAUACCAAAUUCUAUGGUCACUGGGGGGCGGAGACUCUGGGUGAUAUUGUUGCUGUGAUACACCCUGGUUAUUACAGUACACCACGUGAUGAGUUCCCAUAUGAGAGGAGGCCUGAGUCACAGGCCUACAUUCCUCAGGGGAUGGGAGAUUAUUACUAUGGUGGUGCGGUGAUUGGUGGUCUAGUGGAAGAGGUGCACAAACUCGCUAAAACUUGCCGCAUGCAGCUGGACAUGGACAAGGCCAAUUCUAUUGAAGCAGCGUGGCAGGAGGAGUCUCACCUGAACAAGUACUUCCUGCACAACAAACCCACCAAGAUCCUGUCACCUGAGUACCUCUGGCAGGACUUCAAAUCCAAAACUCAUGAAAUAAAAAUCAGCCGCUUCUCUCAAGUCAUCAAGAUCUAUACUUUUGAGCAGGGAUCCCAAAUUAAUCAUCAGUUACAUAUUAAUAACUCAUUAAUCAAACAUUAUAUAUAUGUUAACUACUGGCAGCUAACUAUUAUGUGA